AUGUCGGGUGAACAGCGGAAAAUCGGUAAUUUUUUGCCGAUAUCGGCCCGUCAUCAAUACAACAUCAAAACGGAGUUAUUUUACGUUUUGCAUUUCUCAUUGGCACCAGUUUUCUCAGAUGAUGAGGAUGAUGAUGAUGAUUCUGAGUGUCAAAGACUGAUGCUUCAAAAGCCACCUCCUGUCAUUCAGUUUCCAAAAGAGAGAGCAUUUCAACCUCACUUGUCUUCUCCAGAGCCAAGUAGAUAUCCACAGCCAACUGACAUUCACAAUACGCCAAAAGAAAGAAAUGCAAAUGUAGCUCCUCCAAAUUUGUCGCGAAAAUCUGAACAGUUGUUGCAUGUUCGGGAUCAGCGGCUAUUCACCGCAAUGGAAAAAAUUCGAGAGGAACAGUCACAGCAGAGGGAAAUAAAUACUGAAGUCUAUACUGCAGCUAGUUCAAAAUAUUCCAUCCUCAUCCGCUAUUUCGAAGACAAAAAAUUUCCCCGACACAAUUCAUUUCCCUUGUGA